AUGGCGCCCUCUACGAAACGAAAUGCGGAGGAUGGUUUCAUUCUCACGAUCUCAGACAAUGAAGAUAAUAACGUUCCCGAAGAAGAAGAAAUCGCUUCGUCUCCCAAACCAUCCUCCAAGAAACGCAAACGUGAAAACGAACCCUCGAAUUCUGCUUCGGUGAAGAACAAGAAGGCGGGGAAGGGGAAGGGGAAGCGGAAGCCAGAGGACGAAGAAGGGGAAGAGGGCAUAUGGGGCGCAAAUGAUGAGGAUGAUGGGGCUAUGGACUCAGAUUUCGAGUUCGUGUUGGAAGACGGCAAUGAUGGAGCCAUAGAAGAGUUCGACGGCUGGGGUUUUGACGGUGUGAGGAAGGGCUUGGAGAAUGGGGUAGGUGGUGAUAAGAAGGUAGUGGAUAUCGACGAAAUUAUUGCGAGGAGGAGGGAGAAGAGAGGCGAGGGAAAGAUUGAAAUAGGAAAGGCAGACAUUGAGAAGCACGACGCUGAGAGUGGCAGUGACAGCCAGGCAGAAAAAUCUGAGGAUGAAGUAGAUGGACUACAGUUUGGUGAUGAAGAAGACGAAUUUAUGGCUGAAGAUGGCUUUGGUAUGGGAGUUGCUUCUGAUGAGGAAGAGUCUGGCGACGAGAACGAGGCCGAAGGAUUCGACGAUGAAGAUGCAGAUGGCCAAGAAGGAAAUGACAUCGAAUCAGUGGCUAGCCCAGCUCCUCACCCAGACGAUAUAGCUGCAGAAGGCUCUUCAGAUGAGGACGAAAAGGACGAAGAUCUUGAAGAGGCAGCUCGCCGAGAAGCUUUCUUUGCUCCUGAAGAGAAGCCUGCCAAGGGUGCCAAAGCUGCAAUUUCUAGUUCUUUCCAAGGCAUGCCGUUAUCUAGACCGAUUCUCCGUGGACUUGCUGCAGUCGGAUUUUCACAGCCAACACCUAUUCAAGCCAAGACCAUACCAGUGGCUCUACUAGGAAAAGAUGUGGUUGGUGGAGCUGUCACUGGUUCCGGGAAGACUGCAGCAUUCAUUGUUCCAAUUCUUGAGCGCCUUCUAUAUCGGCCUAAGAAAGUCCCAACAAGCAGAGUUGUCAUUCUCAUGCCUACUCGUGAAUUGGCAAUCCAAUGCCAUGCUGUCGCUACGAAACUCGCAAGUCAUACCGAUAUCAAAUUCUGUUUGGCAGUUGGUGGUUUGAGUCUAAAGGUUCAAGAAGCAGAAUUGCGGCUUCGCCCGGAUGUUAUUAUUGCAACACCAGGUCGAUUCAUUGAUCAUAUGCGCAAUUCGGCAAGCUUUACAGUGGAUACUCUCGAGAUCUUGGUGCUUGAUGAGGCUGAUCGAAUGCUUGAGGCUGGAUUUGCGGACGAGUUGAACGAAAUCUUGACUACAAUCCCUAAGUCAAGGCAAACAAUGUUGUUUUCUGCGACUAUGACUUCUUCUGUCGACAACCUCAUUCGAGUAGGUCUCAAUCGACCUGUUAGAUUACUAGUUGAUGCACAAAAGCAGACUGUUGGGACCUUGAUCCAAGAGUUUAUUCGUCUUCGGCCAGGACGGGAAACGAAGCGUAUGGGCUACUUACUGUAUCUCUGCGCCAAUAUCUAUACUGAUCGAGUCAUUGUUUUCUUUCGUCAAAAGAAGGAGACCCACAGAGCACGAGUGAUCUUUGGACUUUCUGGUCUGAAAGCUACCGAAUUGCAUGGUAGCAUGAGCCAAGAGCAGCGUAUCACAAGUGUAGAAGCUUUCCGAGACAGCAAAUCGUCAUUUCUCCUAGCCACCGAUCUCGCCUCCAGAGGUCUCGAUAUCAAAGGUGUGGAUACAGUCAUCAACUACGAGGCCCCACAAUCCCACGAAAUCUACCUCCACAGAGUCGGACGAACAGCUCGUGCUGGACGUCAAGGUCGUGCAUGCACCUUGGCCGCUGAGCCAGAUCGCAAGAUCGUCAAAGCAGCAGUUAAGAGUGGCCGGGCCCAAGGGGCCAAGAUUGUCAGUCGAGUCAUCGAAGCUUCUGAAGCGGAUAAGUGGUCUGAUAAAGUUGACGCUAUGGAAGAUGAAAUUGAGGGGAUCUUGAAGGAGGAGAAAGAGGAUAAGCAGCUUGCGCAGGCGGAAAUGCAAGUCAGGAAAGGAGAGAACAUCAUCGUUCAUGAAGAUGAAAUUAAGGGUAGACCGAGGAGAACGUGGUUUGAGAGUGAGCAAGAGAAGAAAGCUGCUCAGAAGGCCGGGAGAGCGGAAUUGAAUGGUGUGGAAAGCGUGAUCAAGAAAAAGGGCGGCAAGCUGAGCAAUAAGGACAAGAAGAAAUUGGAUGAUAGAGAUGCCAGGAUGGGAGGAAAAGUCUGGAAGAAAGGCCGAGCCGAGAGGGAUGGGAAGGGGGCACUAGACAAAGCCAAGAAGGAAGAAAAGGGCAAGAAGAAAGUCCGGGGUGGUAAACCCGUUUCAAAGAUGAGUAAGGGUGGGAAGUUUGGUAAGAAACGGUAG